AUGGAUUGGGAUGCUUUGUGUUUCAAUGUUGCCACUUUGAUUGCAGGCGUGUUUGUUCUUGACUAUGGCGCAGACAAGUUCAUCGACCACACCGUCAUUGUCGGGCGGCGCCUAGGCAUCUCGCAAACUGUCAUUGCCCUCUUGACAGCUGGCGCUGAAUGGGAAGAGCUCGCGGUCGUGAUUGCCGCCAUCCUGCAACAUCGCAGCCCCCUGGCCCUUGGGAACGUCAUGGGCUCGACUAUCUCCAACAUUCUCGGCGCCUUUUCUUUGGGGCUACUCUUCUACCCCCAGGGUCUGGAGUUUGACCGCAGCGCAAAGAUAUACUCGGCCCUGCUGUUCGUGGUUACGACGCUCUUUGUGGUGCUAGCAUUCUUCAACCAAUUGAACCAGAUCGUCGGUGGGGUCUUGAUUGCUAUAUUCGCGCUCUACAUCGUCUCUAUCAUCUACGCUAUCUACAAGGGUGUAGCCUCACCCCUAGAGCUAUCGAACAGUGAUAGCGACGGGGAAUCCGGUGACAGCGAUGACGGCGAAUCCGUCAAUCAUGCCCCUGUCUCCGAGACCUCGCCCCUCAUCGAGAAUGAGCAUACGCCGUCAUCAACAGACAAAAGGACCAGACGAAGCAGAAGUCUUCCUUACCAUAUAUUCCAACUCAUCCUCGGAUUUAUCUCGCUUUCUCUGUCAGGAUACAUCCUGUCCCACAGCGCCGUCGCCAUCGCCGAUUCCCUGCAUCUCUCGGGAACCGUCUUCGGUCUGACCGUUGUCUCCUUUGCCACUACUCUCCCAGAGAAACUGGUUGCAAUCCUCAGUGGUUCCCGCGGCCACGGCGGCAUUAUGGCUGCCACCACGGCAGGAAGCAACAUUUUCCUGCUGACGCUCUGUGUUGGUGUCGUUGCGGCGGCGGGGUACCAAGUACAAGAGGCGGAUAAUUUUGUGCUUUUUGAGCUGGUGGUAGUGUGGGUGUCCUCUUUGGUAUUUUGUGCUGUUAUCUUUUUGGGACUUGGGAGGAAUGCAGGCGUAGUGCUCUUGAUUGCCUACCUCGUGUUCCUGUGCCUGGAGUUUACUAUUUACCGGCGGUGA